AGAUAAUGAGAGGAAAUGUGGUCACCAGCUCAUAGAAGGCCAGAGUUCCAGGCUGCGGCUCCAGGCCACCUCUUCCUGACUUACAUCCAUCUCUCUCAAGGCAGCCCUCAGCUGGUCCCUGGGAGCCUGUGGAUGCCGUGCAAGAUGUCCCCUUUUGGUAGCUGGGGCCUGCCUGCCACCCUUCUCACCCUGUUCUGCUGCCCAGGGUCUGGUGAGAUGUUUGAGGUAUACAUGCAUCCAGAGCAGCUGGCCUUGGAGCCCGGAGAGACCCAGUUUAUCAACUGUAGUACCAGCUGUGCCCAGCCUGAUGUCAGUGGUCUGGAGACCACCCUAAGCAAGACUCUGAUAGCCCAAGGAACUCAGUGGAAGCAGUACAUGGUCUCCAAUGCCUCCCAGGACACAAUCAUCCACUGCUACGUCACCUGCUCCGGCAAGCAGAAGUUAAAGAGUCUCAACGUCAACGUGUUCUACCGUCCAAAGCAAGUGCUGCUGAAACUGCAGCCCCCUUGGGUGGCUGUGGGGGAAUCCUUCACCAUCGAGUGUUGUGUGCCCACUGUGGCACCCCUUAAGAGCCUCACUCUCACCCUGCUCCGUGGCAAGGAGGCCAUGUACAACAAGACUUUUAGGAUGAUGACACCUGACCCUCAAGAGGCCACAGUCACCCAUAACGUCACAGCUCACAAGGAAGACGGACGCCACAACUUCUCUUGCCGGGCGGACCUAGACCUGCGGUCUCAUGGUGGGGGCCUUAUUUCCAGAAUCUCGGAACCCCAGAUGCUCAAGGUCUAUGAGCCCAUCCCAGACAACCAGAUGGUCGUCAUCAUCACAGUGGUGUCCGUGCUGCUCUUCCUGUUUGUGACAUCCAUCCUCCUGUGCUUCGCCUUCGGCCAGCAUUGGCGCCUGAGGCGGAUGGGCACCUAUGGGGUACAAGGUGCUUAAAGGGAUCUAAGUCGGGCCUACUGGGCACAGUCUACACGAGUGGCAUGGCCACCACCACGGCGGUCACUGGAACUCAGCAUGGCUCCUCAGGGUUGUGGUCCAGCCCUGGCUGCAGGACUGUAAGGAACAGCAGAGGACUUUGGGGCCAUUUCCUCUUCUACUCUGAAUAUAUACACCUGGGCCUCAAUGUCUUCUCCUGGGAUAAAACUCAGCCGCCGAGAAGGGCACACACCA